AUGGGCGCCCACAUCAACCUUGCGCUGGCUCUGUCUUUGCUUCCCGCUGAGCAGACACAGCUCGACCGGAGGCUUCGCGUCGGCAUCUUGGACCUCGACAUCUUCGGACCUAGCAUUCCCAAGCUCAUGCGCCUCGAGAGAGCGGGUGAGCCGGCGCUCAGCGAUGCCGGCUCAUUGCUGCCUCUCACGAAUCACGGGGUACCGUCGAUGUCGAUGGGCUACCUUCUCCCGCCGGCCGCGCGUGCCGGCGACGUCUCCGACGCACCCAUCGUCUGGCGUGGUCUGAUGGUGCAGAAGGCGACGCAGCAACUCUUGUUCGAGGUGGACUGGCGCGCGGCGAGCCCUGCCCAAGAGCCGCUCGACGUGCUCGUCAUCGACAUGCCGCCGGGCACGGGCGAUGUGGCACUCAGCCUGACACAGCUGGUCGAGCUCGACGCGGCGCUUGUGGUCUCCACGCCACAGGAAGUAGCGCUCAUCGAUGCACGUCGUGGUGUGCGCAUGUUCCAGAAGGUCGAUGUCAAGAUCGCCGGCCUCGUGCUCAACAUGUCCCACUUCGUCUCGCCGACGGACGGCGCCUCGUUCCCGCUGUUCGGACCGCCCCACGCCUUCGACGCACUCGCCAGCGAGCUCGGCGCCCCUGUGCUUGCUCGCGUGCCGCUCGAGCCACACGUCGCUGCUGCCGGCGACGCGGGCCAGCCCGCGGUGCUGGGCGGCGGCGGGGCAGGACAGAGCGAGACAGUCUUCCUCGAGCUGGGACGCAGAGUCUGGGCGGGCUUGGCGCCCGGCAAAGUCGAUUGCUAG